AUGGACGAUGAGCUUUUGGCCGCGUGGGCGCGGCUUCCGGCAGAGGAGCGGGCUCGCUUGCUGUGCGUCGAAGAACCAGAAUGUGUUCGAUUGAUCGAUGGUGGGAUGCAGAUGCUGUGGGCUGCAGAAAUCCAAGCGCGACAGUUUGGCUGCGCCACCGGACCUGAUCCCUUCGAACAAGCGCAGCUGCCUCUGCUGGCCACGAUGCAGUUUGAUGGAUUCAUGCACAAAGGGCAAAAGGUCUUCAAGCUGGUGAAGUGGCCAAACGAGUUUCAUGAAGAUCCCAUGAUCUUAGCCAAUGCCUUGAGAUUCUCCUUGCAGGCCCCCCAUGGGAAGCGCCGGAGUCCUGCUUUGGGAGUCGAGCGGUGGCACCAACUGCUGGUACCAGCUGCACAGUCCUGGACGGCUUUCGAGAUGCAACUGGCGCAGUUGGUGGAGCAGUUGGUGCUUCGGGCUCACAAGGUCUCCCCUGAGUCACAAAAGAUGGGCGAGAGCGGUGAGAUGUGGGCAUCAAGGGCCCAGGCCGACGCCAACGAUGACGAGGCGCCAGCGCAGGCGCCUCCUGCGGGCGAUGGAGGUGCAGCAGAGGAGAUGGCAUCUGGUGGCUCUCGGGCCCUCAAGCGUGCACGCCAGCGGGAGAGGCGAAAGCUUGGAAAGGCUUUGGCUCGUGUUGAAGACGUGGAUGCCUUGGCAGCAGCUGCAGGGGUGACAGUGCCUGCCACCAAGAAGGGUCCAGCAGCUAUGUCCAAGCAGCCUAUCGUUCCCAAGGCACCAGAGACCACUGAGACAGCACCUUGUCCAGUCCCAAUUCAAACGGAAGAGGUGAAGCCGCCAGAGGCAAUUCCUCGUGCCGAAGCUGUGGUCAAAGCUGCCCCACAGCCGCCUGUGCCGCAGGAGACCCCAGCGGAAGAGGAGGAUGAGGAUGACUUCCCAGGGCUUGGUGGUGCUGAAAUGGCCAACCGUGGCUUUGGUCGAGGUCGACCCAUGGGAAGGUUCUCCGAGGGCCCCUUCCUGGGCCGCGGCAUGGGUCGUGGCAGAGCCUUAGCGCCUCCACCUGGCUUGCAGGGAUUACACCUGUCUGGCAGUCAACGACUGCCUGCCACGUUGUCCCGGCCCUGGAUGGCUGGACCUCCUAUCCCAGAGGAUGAAGACGUGACCACCACGCCGCAAAAUGUGCCCUGGCCAGAGCCGCAGCAUCGCUGGUCCUCCAUACCAUCAUUGGACCUGCCCCAGAGUACGUCACAGAGGCGAGCGUGGGCUGACAUGGACAGCGGUUCCGAGGUCAGUUACAGCGAGCUCAAGGGGGGCCAGAUGAGCUACGUGCCUACACCGAAGCAGAAGUGGUCGAAGACGCCGUCGCCUCCCAGCUCUCCUGCGGGCCCAUUGAUGACCUUCGGACUACCGGAUGCCUUGACACUGCAAUCGCUGCCGUGCAGCGUCCCUUCUGCCAUCGGCCCACUGGGGAUGAACCCAGCCGUUAAGGACGGGCCUGACCAGAAUGACUACGUGAUUCCGGUCUAUGUGACGGUGCCCGCCGCUGCGGCCAGGGACACACGGACGGCGGCCAGCCGCAGAGGUGAGCCAGCGCCGGAGCUGCGGCUGCGUGAGAACAAGGAUGGCACCUACCUGGCAGAUGGCGCCCUGGUGAUGUUUCCCAGCACUUCGGAGGACUUGAGCACCUGGAUGCGCCGGGCCCACGCCUGUCGUGCCACCUCGGCCACUGAGGCGAAUGAUGUGAGCUCCCGAAGCCAUGCAGUGUGUAUGCUGCGCCUGCAGUCUGGAGGUCAGCUGCUAUUGAUCGACUGCGCCGGAACGGAGAGGCGGAAGGAUGCCAUGUACCAUUCCAAGGAACGACAGCAGGAGGGAGCUGAAAUCAACGCUUCCCUGCACGCGCUGAAGGAGUGCAUCCGACACUUCACCACGCAGAACUCGGUUCCUUCGCAUGUGCUCAGAGCCUCCUCAUUGACCAAGAUCUUAGCCGAAUCCUUUCUCCGCCCCAGAGCCGCCCGCCUCGCAGUGGUUUGCACGGCCUCGCCCUGUGUGUCAGACACGGAGCAUACCUUGUCCACGCUACGCACUGGUGUGUCGCUUUGCAGCUGCGGCUACGAGCGGGAGAGGAAACAGGUCAUCGAAGCGCCGCGCCGGCUGCGGCUGCCGCACCCUAAAUCCUGGAGCCCUGAGGCGGUGAGGUUGUGGUUGGAGGAGCUGGCCGAUGGUGCCUUCCGAGAUGUUUUAGAGGAGAUUCCUUCAAACUUUACUGGGCAGAUGUUGGUGCGCUGCACGGAAGCUCGCUGUGUGCAGCUCUGCGGUGGCCAAGCGCAACGAGGUCAUGAACUCUUCCAUCUCCUACACGAAGAAAUGAAAAAGGCUGGCUGA